AUUGGACAUAUUUCUAGUACUAAUUAUAAAAUACGUGAUCUAGCACAUGUAUAUACUAAAAUAGGAAAGAUAUUUAUGUUAAUUAAUGAAAUUUUCAAUUACUACAUAAUGACGACUCUGGCCACGGCGUUUAUAACAAUCAUAAUAGUCGUUUGGUCUCUUCUAAACGAAUAUAAAUUUUACAAAACCUACAUAAUAGAGUCAAUACCGACGGUGUUUUAUAUUUUUCUGGAAUUAUCAUCGAUAAUUUUGUUAUCAUGUUACUGUGAAAAUAUUAUUGCAGCAAGAAACGAACUGAACAAAUUGCUAUUAAAUAUCACAACGCAAGAAAACCUUCCAUUACAAAUGAUAUAUCAAUCAAAUAUGUUUGUAAAAUUGACAGAGAUAUGGCAUUUAUCAAUUAAUGGAUUUCACAUGUUCGAUAUUAAUUUACAACUAAUUCUUAAAUUUAUAAGUAUUUGCACUUCAUACUUAAUUGUAGUAAUUCAAGUUUAUCGUUUAAUAUAA